ACUGUUCGAACAUAUAUAGGUGUAAAUGCAAUGUUUAACAAACGUAAUCUUUCGGCUUUAAAAAAGCGCACUCCUUUAAUACAUCCGACGAAUCUCAGUGACGUGCCGGAAGACAACAAGGAGGAUGCAGCAGUAAUAAAGGUGCCGGAACGCAGAGUAGUAAAGAAACAUUGCGCCGGGAGCACCCGAGACUCUAAAGUCGAAUCAACGUCAAGCCAUGUCUAUAGCGCAACUGAUAGAUCAGAGGAGGAUAAAAACGACCAAAGAGCCACUUCUACUUAUGAAAUAGAUACAGAGGUGUCGCGGGAUCAUCGCAGCAUUCUGGAACGAAACGCCGAAAUCGGCAAACAAAUACUCAAUAACGAACUGGAGGAUGGCGUGUACCGAGGACGUGGUGCAUACCGCCCGGUUAUGAAUGUGCGUGAAGGUAGUAUUGCUGCAGCCAAAUAUACAGGAUUAUAUGGUCCUGUACGUGCAUCGAUGACAAAUGUGCGUACUACGUUACGCAUAGAUUAUCAACCUGAUGUAUGUAAAGAUUACAAAGAAACAGGAUACUGUGGCUUCGGCGAUUCGUGCAAAUUUCUACACGAUCGUAGCGACUAUAAAUCAGGAUGGCAAAUAGAAAAUGAAUGGGAGCAAGCACAGGCUGCCAAAAGGAAAAAGUUACAAGAAAAACUAGACAGCUGGCAACGGAAAGUACAGAAAAACCUAGCUGAUCCAGAAAAUGUGUCUUCACAAUCUGAAAAUGAAAGUCAAUCAUCCGAUUCGGACUGCAGUACGUCAGAUAGUGACUCUUCCGACGAUGAACCAACUGAAAAAUCGCAAUACGCAAAAACAUUGAAAGCUAAAGCACGCAAAAUGAAUGUACCUUUUGCAUGCUUAGCUUGCAGGAAAGCAUGGAGAACAUCAAUGAAUCCAAUCAUGACGACAUGUGGCCAUUACUUUUGCGAAUCUUGCUCUAUAAGAGCAUAUUCACGUAACAUGAAAUGUGCAAAGUGCGGAGUUACACAGGAUGGAAUCCUAAAUCCUGCACAGGCAAUAAUUAAACUUCUCGAAUCAGUUGAACAACCUGAACAAUAAGUGUGUAACGUUAUAUUGUC